AGAGAACGAGAGAGAGAGGGAGAGAGAGGGCUAGAGAGCUACUUCAGUUGCAUACGCCGCAGCUGGAAACACUCUCGGGCUAGGCUAGCUUCGCUUCGUAUCUGCGACUCUGACCGAGCUGCUGCUCUGCGUCGUGUCCGACUACUCUCAUUUCCGUUUGUGAUGUGUUUUCAAAGAAAUACUACUUCCAGUGUCAUUCCUCCGCGUCUCUUCCUCUUCUGCCUCCCUGGCGGUGCGUUAGCUCACCGAGUCCCCGGCGACGCGCCACAACCAUGGGCGGCAGCCUAGGGUGCCACCGCUCCAUUCCGAAGGACCCCACCGACAUCAGCUGCGGGAAGCGAAAAUUCAGCGCCGCCUGUAACUUCGGUCACAUCCUCGUGUACCAGGAGCGGCUCAACAUCAACACGGCAACCGAGGAGGAGCUCAUGACUCUGCCGGGAGUGAAUCGCGCCGUGGCGCAGAACAUUGUCGAAUACCGGGACUGUAUCGGCGGGUUUAAGAAAGUGGAGGACCUAGCUCUGGUGAGCGGCAUCGGCGCCACCAAACUGGAGGCGAUCAAGCUGGAAAUCUGCGUGUCCAGCAGGACCAGUUCGUCCCAGCACUCCCCGUCCUCUCUGCGCAGAGACCUAGAACAGCAAGGCUGCACCACCGGCAUCAACAUUAACAGCGCCACACCAGCGCAGCUGAUGAGCAUCCGAGGCGUCACUGAGAAGAUCGCCAAGAACAUCGUGGCGUACCGCGCGGAGAACGGCCCUUUCAAGAGCAUCGAAGACCUGGUGAGGGUCAACCACAUCAACAGCUCCCUGCUGGACAAGAUCCGCUUCCAGGUGUUCGUGGAACGCUCCAGGGCGCCGUCCACCAACACGAACGCAGGGCUGACCUGCUCCAAUAAGUCUCACCCGAGUCCGACGUCGCUCAGUUUCAGGAGCGACGACUUGGACCUCCCGUCGGGAGGACCGACCCAGAUCGGGUCCGUGCGGCCCAGCGUGGAGCCUCCGCCCGGGCUGCGGGAUGGGAAGCCCGUGGUACGCAUUGCGACUUGGAGUCUGCAGGGCUGUUCCUGUGACAAGGCCAGCAACCCGGGGGUCAAAGAGGUGGUUUGCAUGACCCUGCUGGAGAACGACAUCAAGUUGCUGGCUGUGCAGGACCUGUUGGACCAGGAGGCUCUCGAAAAGUUCUGUGUGGAAUUAAACCAAGGCACACUGGCCAGUGUAAGGAACUGGAAAUGGCCCCGAGGAACGUGGAAGAGUGUUGUCUCCGAAAAACCUGACGGCAAGGUAGGGAGCUGCUCUGGUUUUCUGUGGGACAGCUCAUCUGGGAUUGAGCUGAAGGAUGUGUCAGUGUUGGAAACUCCUGUUGUCAAUGGACAUGGGCCUCAUACUUACCCUGCCAUGUACCUGGCUCACUUUUUGGUGGGCUCCUUCGAGCUGACGUUGGUGAAUGUUCACGUGAAGACCACUGCACCACAGGGAGAAUCGAACAGCAAAAACCAGAACAAGGACGAAGUCAAGUGUCAGUGGGCGUGCCCAAGUCUGCAGGAGAUACUCAAAGCCGAGAAGGAGUUGUUGGUGCUGGGAGACUUUGGCUCCUCCCCUCAAAGCCUGGAGUUGGAAAUCCUAAGAAAAGAGAAGCUCGGUGCCUUGAUACCAUCUAGCCAGUUCACAAACAUCAGUACCCGCUCGCCACAGGGCACCCAGUGCCUGGACAACAUCUGGGUCAGCCGCUCUCUCAGGAAGAGUUUUUCUGGCCGGUGCAUGGUCGUUCGAGAGGGUUUGACCAACCCCUGGAUCCCUGACAACUGGUCAUGGGGUGGUGUGGCAUCCAAUCACUGCCCUGUUGUGGCCGAAUUUUACGCAGACGUGUCUCCAAAAGAGCUGAGCAUGCCCGGUAUAGCAGUUGUGGACAGAAGAGACAUUAUGUGCAAACACGAGCGGUGACAGUAGAGCCACCGCUGGUGACGUUGGGACUCCAUCCCUCCUGGACUCUGCCCUGUCUUGGUUGGUCAUGGAGUUAAUAAUUCCUCCCGCGGAAUCCCCGUUUUUUGCUCGAGCCAUAUCAAUGUGUAAUAGUAACUUUUAAGUCAGGAAAUCCUGAAAGAAUUCAGAUGGAAAUAUGUCGAUUAUACUUUCAAUGGGAAAUGUGCCAAAUAUUUCAUAUAUAUAUAUAUAUAUAUAUAAAUAUAUAUAUAAUAAAUUUGAUAGUUUACUGUGUCUUUAUGUCCACGCUUAUUAGAUAACUUUAGUAAAAUCUACAGUUUCCAACCUUUGUGGUUUUUUUGGUCUGUUGUCAUACCAUAUGUACCUUGCACUCAUAACAAUCAAUGGUUCUUCAACAUAUCAUUCAAAUCAUAUGCCAACUAAGUUAGUCUUAAAUUUAAUUUCAAUAUACUUAUUGUCUUAUAAUGUCAGUACAAAAAAAGCCUAAAUGUUUCGAAAACACAUCUUAUUUUAUUUUAUUUUUUUUUUUCAAAAUAAAAGCUGUACUUUUAGUGUGGCCAAAAGUGGAGAGACAGGGCUACCGUCCUGUAAAGGUAAAGUGUGUCUGUCGCCAUCUAGUGGCAUCAAGUGAAAAUGAAAUUGAUGCGUUGCAAUGCACUGCAAUGAGACAACUUGUGACUGAUUUAGAUCAGAAGUUCAUUGCCCCCCCCCAGUGUGUCUACAACGUUAACCGUCGAUUGUUUCCAUUUUACUUUUUCCAAAAAAACUUUAAUGGAAACCAUAUGGUAUGGGUUAUGAAUACAUACAUUUACAGUUGUACAGUUAUGUUUGUAUAAAAUACACAAAAAUAGUGUUAAAUACAGUUGAUUGCAGGGUUA